AUGCCACGCCCGUGCGCGCGACCAGCACCGAGCAGCGGCCAGUUCGCCGCCAGGUCGCCGCCGUCGGCCGCGACCUGGACGUCGCGCGCAGCCGCGCCGUACCAGCCGAAGGCCCACGCGCCCCGCCCCUUCGUGCUAUCCAGAAACCUGACGGCGCGCACCUCGCAGUGGCAGCAGCGGCGCACCGCGGUGAUGGCGAGGCGCCCGUCGCUGGGCCCGUCGAGGGCCUCCCUCACCGAGGCCUCGUCGACGUCGCCCCAAAGGGCGGGCGAGAAGACCCAACCGUCGUCGUCCACCCAAUUGAACCCCAUCGCCUUGUUUAUGACGCCCUCGGCGUCGAGCUCGAGCACCACCACCACCUUGCGCGAGAAAUCGUGGAGCACCCUGGCGAGGGGUGGGAGCGGCCACGGGGGUUCUUGGAUUUCUCUCCGCGAGGGAGACGAAGUAAGGAGGCCAAGAAGAGAGGCGGGAGGCCGGGUGGUAGCGGCGGAGCUUCUUGGGCGUGCGGGUGGGAGCCGCCGGGGAUUCUUGAUUCUUGGGCGAGGCCGCAAGGGAGGAAGAAGGAGAAGGGAGGAGAGGCGGGGGGAUGGGUAUUUGACUUGUUCAACUGGUCAGGACGGGCCGGGUCCGGUUCGGUCGGGUUGGAUCACAACGGGUUACUUGGUUGGUGUCUGGAACCCGGCUGCUCCCUAUGGCUGUGAGCCGCAUCAAUCCUGGGGCGACGAGCGGCGGCGGCCGCCGGCGGAGCUCUGCGACCGCAAUCGGCAAGGGUUUCCAUCAAUUAGCCCACCAGCUAGGCCGUGUGGGAGGGUUUGGCCUUCGAUUAGCAGCAAAUCAGCGGGGGAGCGGCGAGAGCUGGUCCCAGUUUUGCUCGCAAUCUCUUCGCGUCAGAGUUUCGCCGUGCUGGCUUGGGGAAUGGCAUUUCCAGAUGUGGAAUCGCUCCAGUGUGGUUUCAUGAAUCAUUUGAGGUUACCAAAAGCUCAGCCUUUCAUGACACCUUCUCGUGAUUCUGUGCUGGCCGUCGCAGGAGGAACAUACAUUUUGUGCACAUGUGGGUUUUGGAAAGAAUCCUGCUAAAUGUGGGUGAUCAAUUUGGCAUCAUGUAUUUUCAAUGUACCCGUUUGCAGUGUCCUGAUGUCUUGAGGCACAAAGCUGAUGGAUCUACCCAACACUCUCUUGAAAUUUCUCGUCCCUCGAUUUUUGUUGAAACACACAUGUUUAUUAUGGCAUUGUAUUCUUAGUUGUGAAGUA